AUGUCACGAUGGGAGUGGACGAACAAUAUCAAACAGCGGAUCUGCCGCUACCUGCUGCAUCAGUACUUGGGUCACUAUUUCCAGGAGACCCUCAGUCUGGAUCAGCUGAGCAUCGAUCUGGUUAAGGGCUGCGUGCAGCUGCGGAACAUCCACCUGGAUGCCUGGUUUGUGAACAAGAAGCUGGAGCCAUUGGAGUUACCGUUGGAGGUGGUGGAAGGUUUUGCAAGCUCCAUCGAAGUGUCGGUGCCCUGGUCCAACCUGCUCACUGACCACUCCACCAUAUGUGUGUCUGGCCUGCAGCUCGUCCUACAGCCCAAGCAGAGCCCAGCCCCAGGGACAGCCGACUCACAGAACUUUAUGUCUGGCAUGAGCACAAGCCAACAGCUGGCCCAGGAGUGCCUGCAGGAUGAACCAGCCCAGCCCCUGGAUGGGCUGGAGGUGUUCAUCCAGACCCUGGACUCUGUUCUGCAGAGGAUCAAGGUGGUCAUCGUGGACAGCAUUGUACGGGUGGAGCAUGGGGAUCUGGAGCGUGGUGUAGCACUGGAAAUCCACACGCAGAGGAUGGAGUACUGUGACGAGACGGAGUGGGACCCCAACCAGGCACCUCCAGGGGAAGUGCACCAGCCCCCCACCUUCCUUCACAAGUUGCUGCUGCUGACAGGGGUCCGCCUACACCUGGAGGAGCUCCCCCAACAGGAAGCAUCCCCACAGCCCCUUUUGCAAAUUGGCACCUGCUCAGGGUACAUAGAGCUGACAGUGAAGUUGAAGCAGAAUGAGGCCUUUCCAGGCCCCAAGCUGGAGGUAGCCGGACAGCUGAGCUCCCUACACCUACUCCUGUCCCCACAGCAGCUAUAUCAACUCCUAGAUCUGUUAGCCUCCAUCAAUCUCGAAGACCCCAAGAGCCUAGUUGACAAGCUGAACAAGAGCCGCCCACUGGGUGUUGAGGACCUGUGGCUGAUCGAGCAGGACCUAAACCAGCAGCUACAUGCAGGGGCUGGGGCCGAGCCCCCCAGCCCAGAUCCCCUUGGCAGCACAGACAGCACAGACCUCUUCUUCUCCAUGGCGGGUCUGACGAGCAGCGUGACCUCUGUCCUCUCUGAGCUGUCUGACGUGGAUCUGAGCUCCUCUCUGCACAGUAACGCAGCCCCCCGCCGCCUCUCACAGACCCACCUAGCUGGCAAGGCGCCUCCCACGCCCCUCACUGACACUCUGCGUCCUGACUCGCUGGUGAAGAUGACCCUAGGGGCCAUGACACUGACCUUGCUGCAGACGUCUGCCCCGGAUGCCAGCCCACCAGACCUCAUCACCCGUUUUUUUGCCGAGUUUGCUGCCACCAAGGAUGGGUCCUUUGGCGCCCGCGACUUCCAUCUCCUCCGGCCACGCUUCCAGAAGGCCUGUCCCUGUAGCCAUGUUAGGUUCACCAGCACGGCAAUGCAGGUGACCUGGGAGCUUCGGACAGGCGCCAAGAGCCAUCGGACCACCAACAUGGAAGUGUGCUUUGGGCAGCUCGAGGUGCUAGAGAGCCUGUGGCCCAGGGGCGCCUCGGAGCCUGAGUACACAGAGGUCCUGAGCUUCCCCUGCAGCCUGGGUUCCCAGGCCUCCUCUCAGCCCUGUGCCCGCCUACGUCACACACAGACCCUGCGCCGGAUAUCCAAGAGCCGAUCCCGGCGACAGGCCGCCUGCCACUGCCGCUCAGAGUUGGCCCUGGAACUGGCUGACUUCCAGGCAGACCUAGAGCUUGGGGCCCUGGACCGGCUCACUGCCCUACUCCGCCUGGCCACCAUGCCCCACGAGCCAUCCCCCAAACCGCCCACCGGCCUGAUGACAGAGUCCCCACCCACAGCUGAGCAACAGACGGUGGUAUGGCUCUCCGCACCAAAGGCCACACUGCGACUGCGCUUCCCAAUCGCUGACUUGCGUCCGCAGCGGGACCCCUGGGCUGGACAGGCCGUUCGGGCAGAGCAAUUGCGGCUGGAGCUGAGUGAGCCCCAGUUCCGGACAGAGCUGAGCAGUGGACCUGGCCCUCCUGUCCCCAUCCGCCUGGAGCUCACCUGUUCUGACCUGCAUGGCACCUACGAAGAUGGAGAGAAGCCACCUGUUCCCUGCCUGCGAGUCUCCAAAAUCCUGAACAACAGAGGCCUCCACAAGUACUUCCUGCCACAGGUCGUGGUGACGCUGAACCCAAAGCAUAGCAACAUGCCAUGGGAGGCGGGGCUGGACAAGGAGGAGCUGGAGGUCUCGUCGUCCGAGAACCCGUGUGAGUUGCAGGAGCCGGAGCCCUCACCCUUCUCCUCCAAGAGGACCAUGUAUGAGACCGAGGAGAUGGUGAUUCCUGGAGACCCUGAGGAGAUGAGGAAUUUCCAGAGCCAGACCCUGGCGCUGUCUAAUUGCAGCCUGGAAGUGAUCCUGCCUAGCGCUCACAUCUUUUUGCCCAGCAAGGAGGUCUAUGAGAGUAUCUACAACAGGAUCAACAACGACCUGCUCAUGUGGGAACCCGCCGACCUGCUCCCCACGCCCGGCCCCACUGCCUGCCCCCCUGGCUUCCCCGGCCCCUUCAGGAUGUGCAAAUCAGCCUUCAAGCUGGACUCCGACUCAGAAGACGAAGAUGCCCACUUCUUCUCAGUGGGAGUACCAGGCGCCUCCCACACCCCUACUCCCAAACCCCCAAGGCCACAGUCCCAGAGCACCUUCUCCACUCUGGUGACGGUGCUAAAGGGCCGGGUGACUGCUCUCUGUGACAGCAAGGAUGAGUGUGGGCAGCGGCUGGAGGCCGUGCACGGGGAGUUGGUACUCGACGUGGAGCAGAGCACCCUCUUCAGUGUGCCCCAGUACCGCGGCCAGCCGGGACUUGGCUACUUCUGCCUGGAAGCCGCAACAGCCAAGCUCUAUCACCGAGCGGUUGUGGAUGACUACAUACUGCCGAGCCGCCUAGAGCUGCCUACCUUCACGUGUCCGUCCCAGCUGGCCCCAACCAUCUACCCCUCGGAGGAAGGGGUGGCUGAACAGGGUGCCUCGGACCGCAAGGGACAGGGACCUCACAUGCUGACCACUGUGGUGCGCAUCCACCUGGAUCCCCACAAGAAUGUCAAGGAGUUCCUGGUGACCGUGCGAUUACACAAAGCCACCUUGCGUCACUGCAUGGCCCUCCCUGAGCAGAGCUGGCAUGCCCAGCUGUUAGAGUUCCUAGACGUGCUCGAUGAGCCCGUGCUGGGUUACCUGCCCCCGACGGUCAUCACGGUCUUGCACACACACCUGCUCUCCUGUGCUGUGGACUACAGGCCGCUCUACCUCCCCGUGCGCGUCCUGAUCACCGCUGAGACCUUCACUCUCUCUAGCAACAUCAUUAUGGACACGUCUACCUUCCUGCUCAGGUUUAUCCUUGAUGACUCUGCCUUGUACCUGUCCGACAAGUGUGAGGUGGAGACCCUGGAUCUACGGCGAGAUUAUGUCUGCGUCUUGGAUGUUGACCUCCUGGAGCUUGUCAUCAAAACUUGGAAGGGUAGCACCGAGGACAAACUGAGCCAGCCGCUGUUUGAGCUGCGCUGCUCCAACAACGUGGUUCACAUGCACAGCUGUGCCGACUCCUGUGCCUUGCUGGUCAACCUGCUGCAGUACGUAAUGAGCGCAGGUGACCUGCAUCCCCCACCCCGGCCCCCCAGCCCCACGGAGAUCGCCGGCCAGAAGCUCUCUGAGAGCCCGGCCUCUCUGCCUUCCUGCCCUCCGCCUCUGGAGGCUGCUCUCAUCAACCAGCGAGACCUGACCGAUGCCCUCAUGGACUCAGGACGUAGCCUACAGGAGCUAGCCCAGCCAUCAGGUGGCCCAAUCUACCAGGUGUCGCCCGUGUCCCUUUACCUGUUCCCAGGUGAGCGGAGCAGUGCCCAGCAUCCUCCUCCACCUGCUGGGACCCCCGCUGACAGCAUCAGGUCAGAAGACCGGGAAGAGGACCGGGAAGAGGACCAGGAAGAGGAGACGGAAGGAGAUACUCUGGACAGUGAUGAGUUCUGCAUCCUGGACGCUCCCGGCCUGGGCAUCCCGCCCCGAGACGGGGAGCCCGUGGUGACGCAGCUGCUCCCAGGCCCCAUUGUGGUGCAGGAUGGGUACUUCUCCCGGCCAUUGGGAAACACAGACCUGCUGCGGGCACCCGCUCACUUCCCUGUGCCUAACAGCCGUGUGGUUCUGCGUGAGGUCUCUCUGGUCUGGCAUCUCUAUGGCGGCCGAGACUUUGGCCCCCACCCUAGCCACAGGGCAAAACUCUCAGGUCCCAGGAGCUCCCCCUCCCGCUGCUCCGGGCACAAUCGGCCCCAGAACUCAUGGCGCAAACAGGGGGGCAGUGGGCGGCAGCACCAUGUGCUCAUGGAGAUCCAGCUCAGCAAGGUGAGCUUCCAGCAUGAGGUGUACCCAGUGAAGCAGCCGGGUGUGCACCUGGCCCAUGGCAUGGAGUGGGAGGACCAGCCCGUGUCGCGCCAAGUGUUCAUUGUGCAGGAGCUCGAGGUGCGAGACCGCCUGGCCUCCUCCCAGAUCAACAAGUUCCUGUACCUACACACGAGCGAGCGCAUGCCUCGACGCGCCCACGCCAACAUGCUCACCAUCAAAGCGCUACACUUGGCCUCCUCAAACGUCAUGGGCCCCGAGUGUUGCCUCCGAGUCUCCCUGAUGCCCCUGAGGCUGAACGUGGACCAGGACGCCCUCUUCUUCCUCAAAGACUUCUUCACCAGCCUAGUGGCUGGCAUCAACCCCAUGAUCCCAGCAGAGACUUCUUCAGCCGAGGCUCACUCCCAGGCCGACUGGCCCAGUAGCCCCUGGGAGGCGACUGACAUGCAGGAGACAGACAGUGGCCAUGGGGAGCAGCAGUCCAUCUACUUCAGGGAAUUCCGCUUCACUUCCGAGGUGCCCAUCUGGUUGGAUUACCACGGCAAACACGUCACCAUGGAUCAGGUGGGCACGUUUGCUGGCCUCCUCAUCGGCCUGGCCCAGCUCAACUGCUCUGAGCUGAAACUGAAACGGCUCUGCUGCCGACAUGGGCUCCUGGGCGUGGAGAAGGUCAUAGGUUAUGCCUUCAAUGAAUGGCUACAGGAUAUCCGAAAGAACCAGCUGCCCGGCCUGCUGGGGGGCGUGGGCCCCAUGCACUCGGUGCUCCAGCUCUUCCAAGGCUUCCGGGACCUGCUGUGGCUCCCCAUCGAGCAGUACCGAAAGGACGGGCGCCUCAUUCGGGGGCUGCAGAGAGGGGCUGCCUCCUUCGGCUCAUCCACUGCCUCCGCCGCCCUAGAACUCAGCAACCGCUUGGUGCAGGCCAUCCAGGCUACAGCUGAGACAGUGUAUGACAUCCUGUCCCCCACGGCACCCAUCUCACGAUCCCUGCAGGACAAGCGUUCUACACGCAGGACACGCAAGGGCCAGCAGCCCGCCGACCUCCGGGAGGGCGUGGCCAAGGCCUAUGACACGGUUCGAGAGGGCAUUCUGGACACGGCUCAGACCAUCUGCGAUGUGGCAUCACGGGGCCACGAACAGAAGGGGCUGACCGGUGCUGUAGGGGGUGUAAUUCGUCAGCUGCCCCCCACGGUGGUGAAACCCCUCAUCCUGGCCACAGAGGCCACAUCCAAUCUGCUCGGGGGCAUGCGAAACCAGAUCCUCCCCGAUGCUCACAAGGACCAUGCCCUCAAGUGGCGCUCCGAGGAGACCCAGGACUGA